UAUGAGGAAGAGGGGCUUUAAUUUUUCAAGAUUCAUCAUUUCCCAUAGUUACCGUUUGAUAUAUAUUAUUUUAGUGAGAUAUUUUUCCAAGAAAAUUUAAACACAAUUCAAGCACAAGAUUUCUCUUGUUAUACAUAAUUUUCUCCUUGUUAAAACUGAACAUUUUCUUAAGAUUUUUGUAAUUUUUGUAUGAAAAAUUUCGGGAUUCACUUUUCUUGAAUUUUUGACUCUACACUUUGUUUCUCCAUUAUAUGUAUAUAUUUAUAUUACAUUAUGGUGGUAUGGUUCAAAUAUGUCUGGUGGAGAUAGUAAGCAGACCAUGUUUUCAUCUACUCCUCAUUUUUUUAAGAUAAUUUUUCAUGGGACUCUUCGAGAAAACAAGCUUCAUAUUCCCAAAAAAUUUACAGCUAAAUAUGGUGAAACUUUAUCCAAUUGGGUAUUGAUUAAGCUUCCAUGUGGUUCGAAAUGGAAAAUGGGAUUAACAAAGAAAGAUGAGAAUAUUUGGUUUGAAAAGGGUUGGCUAGAUUUUGCAAAGCAUUAUGGAUUAAAAAGAGGGAGUAUGAUAACAUUUAGAUAUGAGGGAAAUUCUGAAUUUUAUGCUGUUAUAUUUGAUAUAAGUACAGUUGAGAUAAAUUAUCCUUCUGUACCUACCAAUUUGGUUGUGUCUAGUAUUGAUAGUGAGCUUAAAAUCCAAGUUGUUGAGAAGGAUUCUGUUGAAGUCUUGGAUGAAUAUUCUUCACCAUGUUCUCGGCCUCACAAGAAAAUGAGAACUCAAAGCAAUCCUUCUUGUCGAAAACUCGAGUCAGAGACAAAAGGGGAAAAAGACUUGCAUCUAUCAACCGAAUCGCAGAGAUGUGAGAUUAUUACACCGAUGAAGUCUCUGAGUGGAAGAGAUGAAGCUCUUCAGCAGGCUAUUGAUUUCGAAUCGAGACUACCAUUUUUCAAGGUGGUUAUGCAGCCACACUAUGUUCAUGGUCACCAAAUGAAUUUGCCAUACAACUUUGCCAAGAAAUAUUUAGGAGAAACAUGUAGCAAUGCUGUACUUAAACUGUCAAAUGGGUAUGGAAGGACAUGGUUUGUGGAACAUAAGUUUGGAGUGUACAAUAAAGUACCAUCAUCCAUAUUCAAGGCAGGUUGGCCAGUAUUUGCUAAGGACAAUAAUCUGAAAGAAGGGGACAUUUGUGUAUUUCUUAUGCUUGAGGAGAUGAAAUUUACAUUUGAAGUUGUAAUUUUCAGAGUUAACACUACUACAAACUCAAACAACUUAAUGUCCCCAGAGCACAAAGAUUCCAUGGAUGAAAAAACUGUCACACCUAAGCCAAAAAAGCAACAACAACCACACUUUUCAGUGAUUGAAAGAGCUAAGAUCCUUGAAAGGGUUCAAUUUAAAUCCGAAUAUCCUUUUUUCAAGAUUGUUAUACAACCAUCAUCACUUAAUUCAAGGAGUUCUUUGGGAAUACCAAUUGAAUUUGUUAGGAGACAUCUUGAUAAGGAGGGUGAUGCAAUUCUUUCGGUUUCGAAAGGAGGUGGAUAUUGGCCUAUUGAAAUUAAAACGAGGGAAGUGAAUACUAGAGCUGAUUUCAAAUGUGGUUGGAAUAAAUUUGCAAAGGAAAAUGAUUUGAAAGUUGGCGAUGUCUGCAUUUUCGAGCUUCUUAAGAAAUCUAAAAAUUUGUUUAGAGUUUCCAUUUUCUCUGAUGAUGAUGAUGAUGAUGCAUACAACAACAAAAAGUGUCAAGUUGGUGCAAGCAAGCCAAAAGUUGAAGUGGGAGAAGAGCUUGCUAUGAUUUAAAAAUCAAAUGCCAUAAGAGCAAAUACUUGUAUGUUAAGUGAACCUCUCUUGCGUUGGUAUGAACAAGUUCUUCUAGUGUUUAGAUUGGAUUCUCUUGUUUCCACUUGUAAGGAACCAUCUAUGAUCUAUUAUUUAUUAAGUAAAUGUUUGUGGUUUUGUAGUGUA